CGGGGCGGUGACGAUCCUGCCCCACCCCACCACACCCUUCCAUCCCCGACCCAUUCAAAGUUCCCCUCCGUUACGCUUAAACAUGACGGGGCUCCCGCGUACCGCCCCGGGCGGCCCCUUUAAAUGGAGGCCUGCCGAGGUCCCAGCUGUCAUCUUGGUCACAGCUUCCCACCCUGGACCCGCUCCAGUCGUUACUGAGCCACGGGGUUCCGCAACCAGAGACAGCGGCCGCGGCCGCCCGCUUUACCGGGGAACCUCUUCAGGGACCGCCACCCGCGCCGAAAAAAGAAAAUCCGAAUUAUUCUCGCUCAGGGUGGAAUCUGUUCUUGUCGAAGCCUGUGCGCGGUCACAGCGUUGUAAUUAAUCUCUUAUCUCCCUCUCUCUCUGCAAAGCGGGGAUAUAGUUUAUUCCUGGAACCCUGCAUAGUUCUGCAAAGUUUGGAAAGCUCCCACCAUUCAGAAACGUUCUGUAAAGUUCACUACAGUUCGGUUUUGAAAGUUUUUAACAGUUCUGAAAAGUUCCCUAAAGUGAGAGUUCUGAAAGGAAAGUUCUAAACACUCUGAAAAAAGUGAAAAGUUUUGAAGAGUUGAGAAUAUUCUGAUAAAAAAAGUUACUUUUCAAAAGUUUCAAACGAAACUUUCCUUAGGAGAGUUGAGAGAGUGGAUUGAGGAGGGUAUUUCUGUAGACGGUUCUUUGGGGCUGAGGCCGGUGUUCGGAAGCUCGGGGCCCACCUUCUCCGUUUUUCGCCGAUGACUCGGGGCACCGAGGUGGGGAGGCGGCCGGAGGCGGCAAUCGGACCGGGCGGACCGGGGACAACGCCGAAGGCGCGGCUGGGACCCUGGCAACGAUGCCUGCGCUGUCUCAGCGGCUGCAGCCCGUGUCUCAAGAAAAGCAACGAGAACUACGAUAUGGGCAGGGACCGACAAGACGGAGCGUCGACAGCGGUGGAUGAAGGAGCAGUCCAGCAAGUCACCUGUCUGGACCUUCGGGCUGCAGUCAACAAGGAGAGUCACCACACCCAGGACUUUGACUAUGAGGAGCUGAUCAUUCGCCGGGGCUUCCCCUUCCAAAUGGGGGUGACCCUCAACAGCCCUUUUGACCCAGAAUCCGACCCCCUGCAGUUGGAGUUCAAGACUGGCAACAACCCCCAGCUGGCAAAGAGGACUCUGGUGGUGUUGACUCUGGGCAGCAAGCCGGAACCAGGGGAGUGGGCUCUGACAGUGACGGCGAUCAGCGAUGGGAACCACACCCUCGCCCUCACCGUCCACGUUCCCGCGGACUGUCCCAUCGGGCGAUACCGACUUUCCGUGUCCGGCAAGGGAGGACAGAAGCAGGAGGCUGCUCUCUACGUACUUUUCAACCCCUGGUGCACAGCGGACGUGGUGUACAUGGAGGGUGAGAAGGAGAAAGCAGAGUACGUCCUGAACGAGUCUGGACGAAUCUACUACGGGACCGAGGCGCAGAUCGGGGUCAGGACGUGGAACUUUGGACAGUUUACCUCGGGCAUCCUGGAAGCCUCCCUGAAGAUCCUGCAGAGAAGUCAGAUUCCAGUGGCGGGUUGGGGUAACGCAAUCAGUGUCGUACCGCACAGUCUCCGCCAUGGUGAGACGACGCGGGGGGUCCUGGUGGGGAACUGGUCGGGUGAUUACUCCGGUGGGACACCUCCCACCAGCUGGGUGGGAAGUGUGGAAAUCCUGCUCCAGUACCUCCACUCGGGACGUUCAGUAUGCUACGGCCAGUGCUGGGUCUUCUCGGGGGUCACAAACCACAGGUAUGGACCCCCUCCAACUUUGCUGAGAUGUCUGGGCAUCCCCGCCCGCCCAGUGACCAACUUCUCCUCGGCCCACGACACCGACGUCAGCCUCACCACCGACGUCUUCCUGGACGAGGACUUGAAGCCCCUCGAGGAGAUGAACUAUGACUCCAUCUGGAAUUUCCACGUCUGGAACGACUGCUGGAUGUCCCGGCCGGAUCUGCCAGCGGGACAUGGGGGCUGGCAAGCCGUUGACGCCACUCCCCAGGAGACCAGCUCAGGCAUUUACUGCUGCGGCCCAGCCUCACUGGAAGCCAUCCGCAAUGGGCUGGUCUACCUGACCUACGAUGCUCCUUUCAUCUUCGCUGAGGUAAACAGUGACAAAGUCUUCUGGCAAAGGCAGGCGAAUGGACAGUUCCAGAAGCUGCUGGUGCAACAGAAGGUGGUGGGUCACAAGAUCAGCACGAAGGCGGUGGGUUCCGAUGAGAGGGAGGACAUCACCCUCCUCUACAAGUAUAAAGAAGGUUCAGAUGAGGAGCGGAUUGCUGUGGAAACGGCCUGUCGCCACGGCAGCCGGCCCAACACUUAUGAGUGCGGGCGAGUGCGGGGCGAGGUGGGGGCCGAGGUGUCCGCUCCGGACGGCGUGGAGAUGGGCCAGGACUUUGCGUUGACUGUGAAGCUGAGCAACAGCAGCGAUGAGGCCCGCACCCUCCUGCUCUUCAUCCAGGCGGCCGUCAUGUUCUACACCGGCGUCUGCCGGGCGCCGUUCCACAGGGACCGCCGCGAAUUCCUGCUGGAGCCCAACCAGGAGAUGGAGGUGAAGCUGGAUUUCAGACAGGACGAGUACCUGGAGCAGCUGGUGGACCAGGCGGCCAUGAUGUUCACAGUCACCGGGAGAGUCCGUGAGACGGGAGAGCCCAUUGUCCACCAGCUCAACUUCCGGCUCCGGACCCCCGACCUGGUCGUCACCCCGCUGGGUGAGGCCGUGGUGGGGAAGGCGAUGAAGGUGGAGGUGCGUCUAAAGAACCCCCUGCCCAUCCCCCUCUCCGGGGUGGUCCUACGGUUCGAGGGGGCUGGCCUCCAAGGUCCGAAGGCCUACAAAGUCGGGAGCGUGCCCCGGCAGGGGACGGUGACAGUGACGGAGACCCUCUUGCCCUGCCGGCCGGGCCAUCGGAAGUUGGUCUGCAGCCUGGAUUCACCGCAGCUGACUCAGGUGCACGGCGUGGCCGAGCUCGAGGUCCGGGAAGCCUGAGGAGGAGAGGGGCGCGUGUAGGACUGGGAAGGGUCCCGGCCGCAGCAGUGCGGGGCCAGGAGCCCGAGAGACGUACGGCCGGCACCCUGCGAUGUGACUGCGUCCGGAAGCACUUUUCAAGGGUGGGGCCCGUGCAGCUCGACUGCCCUACCCCCACCUCCCCCCUCCCACAUAUCCGGGCUUCAGCCCGAAUUUCAGUGUCUGACUAGUGUUUAGCUGUCCGGUCCGUGAGUACCUGUCUCUUUGUGCAGUUGCUCAGGACCGGUUGUUUUGUCCGCGGAUUUUCCAAUAAAAUCGAUUCAGCAAGUUCAGAUGUUGUAUUGUGUUCUGUCUCAGUUUCCCCACUUGCAGACCCAGUCAGUCCGCAGUCUCCAUCAGCCCCCUGCUCGACUCACUUUACACCCGUGACCGUGUGGCCAAGCACAGCUCCAGUGCCAUAUCCCAGUUUGCUGACGACACACUGUCAUAGGACAAGUCAAAGGUGGUGACGGAUCAGCCUACAGGAGGGAGAUUCAAAGUCUGGCUGAGUGGUGUCAAAACAACAACCCCUCACUCAGUGUCCGCAAGACUGGCGGAAACCAGCGGUCCAUCAGCCGGUCCUCAUUGGUGGACCAGAGUGAGAGGAUCGUUACUGUUCAGAGGACCUGUCCGGGCCCAGCAUGUAACAACAAUUACAGAAAAACACAGCUGUGUCUCUUAAAGGUUUGUAAAGAUUCGGCAUGACAUCUAAAACUUUGACAAACUUCCAUAGACGUGUGGAGAGUAUAUUGACUGGCUGCAUCACAGCCUGGUAUGGAAACACCAAUGUCCUUGAACAGAAAAUCAUGCAAAAAGUAGUGGAUAGGGCCUACUCCGUCACAGGUAAAGCCCUCCCUACCAACAUGGAGCAUUCUGUCAGGAAAGCAGCAUCUGCCAUCAGGGACCCCCACUGCCCAGGUCAGGCUCUCUUCUCACUGCUGCCAUCAGGAAGAAGGCACAGGAGCCUCAGGACUCACACCACCAGGUUCAGGAACAGUUAUUACCCCUCAACCAUCAGGGGAUAACUUCACUCAACUUCAUUGAAAUGUUCCCAGAACCAAUGGACUCACUUUCAAGGACUCUUCAUCUCAUGAUCUCGAUAUUUAUUGUUUCUUUAUUAACUAUUAUUAUUUCCUCUGUAUAUAUUUGCAGUUUGUUGUUUUUUGCUCACUGCUUGAACACCAAAGUUGGUUCGGUCUUUCAUUGAUUCCAUUAUGAUUAUUAUUCUAUUAUAGAUUAU